AUGGCUCGGACCAUCGCGCUUUUACUCGUCAAGCCGCCGCCUGACGGCCACUUACGCGUUGCAGCAUUGGGAAGCAGCACGCCGCCUGAAUGCGACUCAGCGCGUUCCAGCCACGCGCUCGCUCGCUCUUCACUAACCACACACGUGGCGGCCUCAGCUUCUCAGACUUUCCGAAGCGCGCCACCUCCUCCGCAGCGCCUUUCCGUUCCGCCUUGCUGCGCGCAGCUCUCCGCCGUUGCGGCGACGCGCGCACAGCCUAGCCGCAAGAGCGAUCACCGCGCAGCCGCGAAGUCCCGGCGCUUAGAGGCGGCCGGCGUGGGAGGCACGACUAGACAUCUUCCUUCCUCGCAACCGCGUUCGCAUUCGUAUUCGCACUUGCACGCGCAGCCACGCCCUCAUCGCGUGCAGUGCUCUGCCAUUCCGCCAGACGCCGUGGAUUUCGCCGCCGCCCUUGCGGGCCACGUAGCCUCCGCGGCUCCUGUCGUCGACGCGGCUCCAAGCCUAGCAGACUCGUCCCGCGCCGCUGCCGCCGCUGCCGCUGCUGCUGCUGCUGCUUCGGGUGACCUGGGGGUGGGUGGAGGUGGAGGACGGUCGGAGGUGACAUGGCAAAUCGUGGUUGGUGCUAUUGGUAUCGCCUCUAACCUGAUUCCCCUCAUCUCAUUCCCCUCAUCUCAUUCCCCUCACAUCAUUCCCCUCAUCUCAUUCCCCUCAUCUCAUUCCCCUCAUCUCAUUCCCCUCAUCUCAUUCCCCUCAUCUCAUUCCCCUCGUCUCAUUCCCCCCUGCCAUGCCGCCCUCCUCAUUGCCAUCCCCGCACCCACUGCACCAUCCCCAUUGUCUUCCCCUCUGUGUGCUCGACCCUGCACCAAUCACCAUGUGCCAGCUGGCGUGAUCCCCUUCAUCGUGGCAUCCAUUGAGUUCAGCAAGCGCAUUGCGGCGCAGCGGCGCUGUGAGGCGUGUCAGGGGUCGGGGCUUCAGCUCGUGGGGCGCUUCUACCGCCGCUGCUCCGCCUGUGGCGGUUUUUUGCCCUGGCAAUCGUGGCGCAGGUUCUUCCUAGGCUAG